AUCAGUUGUACGCCUCUUAUGAUCAAAAUCAAUAUGAGAAAUGAAAUACAAGGCCAGAGGUGUCUGAAAUAACAAAAUAGCCUGUAGUAAUUUACAUGAUUGGGUUGCCUGUGGUUUUGUUCUGCCGAAUCAGCCAAGAUGGCGGCCAUCGAACGUUUACGAAUGUGGUGUGUGGACGAAUUAUCAAAAAUUACAGAUUGUGGAGAGGAGAUAACAGAUUAUAUCCUACACAUGGACAACAUAGAGGACGUGAAGGAAUAUCUGGGUGGUUUUUUAGGCCAGGAAAACCCAAAACAAAUUGAAUUUCUAAACAUUUUGGUACAAAGGUUGAACGAAAUUAAUCCAGAAUUUGAGAGGGCUGGUACAUGGGUUAGGAAGGAGAAACUUGAAAAGGAGACUUCUCCGACGAAAGGGAACAGCAAAGCGGAUAAGAAGAUAGUAGAGCAAGAGAAAAAGAAGUCGACAAAGUUUGUGCCGCUAUAUAGUAAAGAGGGAGAAGCAAGGAGUUCAGUUCGCUUGCCGGGCAGACACCCUUGCGAGUGCUUAGGCCAAAAACAUGGACUUGUGAAUAAUUGCACGAGCUGUGGGAGAAUAGUUUGUGACCAGGAAGGGGCAGGGCCUUGUUACUUUUGCGGUGCGCUUGUCUGCUCCCGUGCCGAGCAAGAGAUCAUCGCUAGGGAAUCCAAAAAGAGUGCAAAACUCCUAAAGCAGUUGAUGUCUCAGGAGUUUUCAGAAGAAGUAAAGUCUCAAGGAAGGAUGGGUACAAGUAAUGGCAAGGACCUGCAAGGGUUAGACAAAGCCAUAGCCCACAAGAAUAAGCUUUUGGAAUAUGACAAGACAAGCGUGUGCCGAACCAAGGUGAUCGAUGACGAGUGUGAUUACUUUUCAACUGAUGGGAAUAAAUGGUUGUCAAAGAAAGAGAAGGAACAGUUAACGGUGAAAGAAGAAGAGUUACGAGCCAAGCGGCAUGGCUCUCGAAGAGACAUGAAGAUUACUCUGGACUUCGCAGGGAGACGUGUAGUCGAGGAGAACUCAACAUUCGACAUGUAUGGCCAAGACCCUGACCUCCCAGUGCUAGCGUCAGGCUACUAUAGUACGCAGAGUAACAAAGAGAAUGUGAGUAUAGGGAAUGAGCAAGCUUUCCCAGAACUGAACUUGAAGUUUAUUUCCUCUGGUGGAAAGCAGGCCAAGUCUAAAGUUCUCAAAACAGAAAACAAUAUCAGGAAGUUAAGAGUGCAAGAUCGAGAGCUGCAAGAGAUGAGUGAUGCAGGUUUGUGCCUCAGCAUGCAUCAGCCAUGGGCAUCACUGCUUGUGCUUGGAAUCAAGAGAGUGGAGGGUAGAUCUUGGUAUACUGCACACCGGGGAAGACUCUGGAUUGCUGCUACUGCUAAAAAGCCUUCAGCAGAUGAGAUAUCAGGGGUAAUAGGCAUGUACAGGGAGAUGAACCCGGACUCAGGGGUACACUUUCCUAAGGAAUACCCCACAGGCUGCCUUCUAGGAUGUGUUGAUCUUGAGGAUUGUCUGUCACAAGAAGAGUACCGAGAGAGAUGUCAGGACUCUGAUCACACAGAAUCAAGCUCUCCGUUUGUGUUUAUUUGUGAGAAUCCUCAGCAAUUGGUGUUGAAGUUUCCUGUGAAAGGUCAGCAUAAGAUUUGGAAGUUGGAGUCUGGCAUGCACAAGGCGGCAAAGCAGGGGAUCGCCAGGGUGUAGUGCCAUUAGUGUGUAGGUGCCACAGGAUUAGUUUGUAAAAGAAACAUUGAAUAUUUGAUUGCAAUUGGUUAUGCGGUUGAGAUUAUGCAUGUGAUAUCAUGUAAGAUGCCUAUAGCGGAUACCAGAAGCAACAUUCCAUUUGAAAUUGUUCUGUGUUCUGGGAUUCAAGGCACUGCUCCCAAUCACUCCAUAAUGUUUAUAUAAGAGAUUGAAAAAAUAUAAAAAUAAAUGUUAAAAACUGCCAAA